AUGGCCGCCAUUGCGUCCCUCGUCUUCUGCACCGACUGCGGCAAUCUUCUCGACAGCAACACGGGCGUGGGGAGGGCCAUCCUCACCUGUGAUGUCUGCGGCGCAUCCUGCAAAGAUACCUCGUCCAAGGUCGUGGUCACACAGUCCAAGCCAACCGCAUUCCCGUCGGCUCUGCGCGCAAAGAGGUCUGAAGUCCAGACGCUCACGGAGGCGGACAUGCAGACAAGCGCAGCCAUCAAGGAGACGUGCAAGAAGUGCGGCCGGGACGAGGUCCGCUACUACACCCAGCAGCUCCGCGGCGCUGACGAGGGCACCACUGUCUUCUACACCUGCGAGUGCGGGUACAAGUAG